AUGUCCUCUUCUCAGCUGGAAAGGCAGGAGAUUAUCUCUAUCGCACCUCUUCUGAACCGCCUGGCGCACUCAAAUGCUGUCGAUAUCAGUCCUGAUGAAAUUGCGUCUACAUUUAAGCUGUUACUUUCCAAUCGUGUCUCCAAUAUUCAGAGCGCAUCUUUUUUGUCAUUACUUGCCUACACUGGAAAGGAUGGCCAAGCGGAUGUGAUUGCGAAAUGCGCCUACUACAUGCGUGACGCCGCUUGUCAGAUUGACCAAUCUUCGCUUCACGAUGUUGUCAAAGCCAAGGGAGAGCCCAAAGGGGACUACAAGGGGGGACUUUGCGAUAUUGUUGGAACUGGAGGCGACUCCCAUUCGACUUUCAACGUCUCGACAGCUGCCUCGAUUAUUGCAUCACCAAUAUUGAUGAUGGCCAAGCAUGGAAGUCGUGCUCAAACUUCGUCUUCAGGAUCUGCAGAUCUUCUUAAGGCAAUUCAACCCACUGCCCCGAACAUUGACGCUAUCAACGAGAGAAACAUUGUGGAAGUAUACCAGGAGACAAACUAUGCAUUCCUAUUCGCAUCCAACUUCCACUCUGCCAUGGCGCAUAUCAACCCCUUGCGUAAAGCCUUGGGAAUUCGAACUAUCUUCAACCUUAUGGGACCUCUUGUUAAUCCUCUUGAUUGGGCCAUUGAAGCACGGGUGGUUGGCGUAGCUCAUCAAAGCCUGGGCCCUGUCUUUGCGGAGGCUCUGAAAGAGGGUGGAGUUAGGAACGCGCUGGUAGUAUGUGGCGAGGAAAAUCUAGAUGAAAUUAGCUGUGCGGGACCUACAAACUGCUGGAAAAUCUCUGGACCCAAACAAAUGUCAGUUCAAGACGACGGCUCCAGCGAGAACAGUGCCCAGGCGCCAGUCCAGAUUGACGUAUUUCAGCUCCACCCCUCAGAUUUUGGACUACCCACUCAUCCACUUGCCAGUGUCUUCCCAGGGAGAAAUCCUAAGGAGAAUGCCAUAAAGCUCAUGAGUAUUCUGCGGGGGGAAGUGUCACCGGGUGACCCAGUAUUGGACUUUGUCCUUAUGAAUGUGGCUGCUCUCUUGGUCAUAUCUGGUGUGUGCGAAUCUGAUGCUUCUGAUGCAGAGCCCAAUGGACAAGCCAUCACUGAGCGUGGACCAGGUGGAGGACGAUGGAAGGAAGGCCUACGCCGGGCUCGCUGGGCAAUCGAUAGUGGUCGAGCGCUGACGUGCCUGGAGCGUUUUAUUGAAGUUACUAAUCGCCUUCCUCGGGAGUGUUAA